AUGUCUGCCCUCAAGGAGCCUUAUCAUCAUGGACACCUGUCUCGCGAGUGUAAGGAAGAUAUUCUUAUGUGGCUCGAGUUUCUUAAAGAUUGGAAUGGAAUUUCCUUCUUCUAUGAACGCCACUUUACGGAUAAUUCAGAUUUCGAACUGUUUACUGAUGCAGCAUCGACCGUAGGAUACGGAGGGAUAUUCCGUACAUCAUGGUUUGCCUCCCCCUGGCCAAAAGAGGUCAUUUCCGCCAUGGAAGGAUCUGCACCUUCCAUGUCGUUUUUGGAACUCUAUCCUAUCGUAGUUGCAGCUCUUGUGUGGGGAGUUCUGGAAAGCAGCCCCUCAUGCCAACCUUCACCCUUGUCGCUGCCCACAGUUUUGUCAAGUAAUGUGGAGUUAAACCAGACAGUCAAUAAGCUCUGGGACGCAGCUACUUCGACAGGAACUAGAGGAGCAUACCGCACAGGAUUUACCUCAUACAAGACAUUCCUUCUCCAAAGUGGGGUAAAUUGGUUCUCAAGUAUGCCUCCAGUUUCUGAGGACUUCCUCAUAUACUUUGUCGCGCAUUGUUUCCAUGUCCUUAGGAUUAAAGCUGGAACAAUCAAACUAUACUUGUGUGGUAUACGCUAUUUCUAUCUGCGUGCAGGUUUCCAAAACCCACUUGCAUCGCGGGAUGGACAGUCAUAUGUACGACUCCAUACACUUGUUACCGGAGUGAAGAAAGUCCAAGGAGUCUCUCGCAGGCCGCGUCUUCCAAUCACUUAUGACAUCCUCCAUAGGAGUUGCCAGCUGUUGCGCGCAGGAGUUUUCUCCCCUUUCAUUGAUAUUAUGAUGGAAACUGCUUGUACUAUUGCCUUUUUUGGUUUUCUCCGUUGUGGAGAAUUCUGUGUUUCAGGCGCCUUUGACCCGACACGCAAUUUGUGUGUAGAAGAUGUUUACUAUCGAUCACUUACAGAAGUGUGUACAUAUCAAUCUAAAAGUCUCCAAAUUACCAGCAAAUGUGUGUGCCCAUAUCUAGCCCUCGAUAAGUAUAUGGUUGCUAGGACUUCACUUAGGAUACCAUCAGACAAUCCAAGAUCUCCGUUCUUUAUCACUGAUAAUGCAAUACCUUUGACACGUAAUACAUUUAUCACAAAUUUGCGAGUUAUCCUUUCUCGAUUGGGUCUCAAUGACAGUGCGUAUAGUGGUCAUUCAUUCCGCAUUGGUGCCGCCACCUCUGCCGCUACCUCUCAAGUAGAGGACCACCUCAUUAAGACGUUAGGCCGAUGGUCAUCUGACUGUUACCAAAGGUAUAUUCGUACCUCCACAAGUUCUAAUCGACAGGCCCAACGGUCUAUGACCUCAGGAUAUUGA